CCCGGCACGCGAGCCUCCGGGGGGUGCAAGCAGCCCCCACCAACUGCCCAUGUGGCCGUCAGCGUCUGUGCCCCAUCCCUUCGGACGCCACCCUUCCGGAGUGACCCAGGGGCUGCCCUGAUGGACCGGCCCUCUUUUGGAGUCGACUUUCUAUAGCCACUCAAGAAAACACCAUGAAAGAUACUGAUAUCAAGAGACUACUGUAUACUCAUCUUUUAUGCGUAUUUUCAAUUAUCCUAAGCAUCUUCAUUCCAUCAUUCUUCUUGGAGAACUUCUCAAUAUUGGAAACACACUUGACAUGGUUGUGCAUCUGUUCUGUUUUUGUAACUGCCGUCAAUCUAGUAUUAUAUUUAGUAGUGAAACCAAAUGCAUCCUCUAAAAGAAGUUCAUUAUCAUAUAAGGUAACCAGGUUUUUGAAAUGCUGUAUCUACUUUCUUAUGUCAUGUUUCUUCUUUCAUGUAAUUUUUGUUCUGUAUGGAGCACCACUCAUAGAGCUGGUGUUGGAAACAUUUUUAUUUGCAGUUAUUUUGUCUACUUUUACUACUGUACCUUGUUUGUGUUUGUUAGGACCAAACAUCAAAGCAUGGCUGAGAGUUUUCAGUAGAAAUGGAGUUACAUCCAUUUGGGAGAACAGUCUUCAGAUCACUACAAUUUCUAGUUUUAUAGGAACAUGGCUUGGCGCCUUCCCUAUUCCACUCGAUUGGGAAAGACCAUGGCAGGUAUGGCCCAUCUCCUGUACGCUUGGAGCGACCUUUGGCUACGUGGCUGGCCUUGUGAUUUCACCACUCUGGAUAUACUGGAAUAGAAAGCAACUUACAUACAAGAACAAUUAAUUGGAGCAAAGGGAGAAGAUAUUUCUUUGUGCAGAUUCCAUAAAGACUGUGCAGAAAUGUAUAUGGUCUAAGCCAGGCAGUUCCAUUUACAGCACUGUUGUGUUUUUUUUGUUUUUUGUUUUUAUGUAGUUACAACAUGAUGUGAUUGUAGCUUUUUAAACUAUGAAACCCCUGAGAGAUUGUACCUUCUAGUUGAAAUAAAGUAUUUAUAAUAGA